UAAAGCUCCACCAGAAGAAGAUGCAGAGCGCUGCUGGAAGGUUCUGGAAGUCUCUUGAUUUGCACAAGGAGUCAUAAGACGAGAAGGGAUUUCACCAUAUUUCACGAUUAACCUGUUCGGGGCAACAAUGGUGAAAGAGACUGGUUUUUAUGAUAUGCUGGGUGUGAAGCCUAACGCCAGCCCUGAAGAGCUGAAGAAAGCUUAUCGUAAACUGGCAUUAAAAUAUCACCCAGAUAAAAACCCAACAGAGGGGGAAAGGUUCAAACAGAUCUCCCAAGCAUAUGAGGUUUUGUCAGAUGCCAAGAAGAGAGAAGUGUAUGACAGAGGGGGUGAGAAGGCAAUUAAGGAGGGCGGAAAUGGAGGGCCAAGUUUUGGCUCCCCCAUGGACAUUUUUGACUUGUUUUUUGGAGGAGGGGGACGCAUGCACCGGGAGAGGAGAGGAAAGAACAUGGUGCAUCAGUUGACCGUGUCUUUGGAGGACCUUUAUAAUGGAGCCACCAGGAAACUUGCUGUCCAGAAGAAUGUAAUCUGUGAAAAGUGUGAAGGUCGUGGAGGCCGUAAAGGAGUGAUAGAAGUGUGUCCUCUGUGUCAUGGGGUGGGUGUCCAGGUCAGACUACAUCACUUAGCACCUGGCAUGGUGCAGCAGCUAUCUACAGUCUGUGCCGGAUGUCAGGGGCAAGGUCAGCGUCUGGGUCACCGCGACCGCUGCAAAACAUGCGCUGGACGCAAGAUACUACGCCAGAAGAAGAUUCUUGAUGUGCACAUUAAUAAAGGUAUGAAAGAUGGACAGAAAAUAGUGUUCCAUGGGGAGGGCGACCAGGAGCCUGGCCUUGAACCUGGAGACAUUAUUAUUGUCUUGGAUCAGAGAGCACACACGGUUUUCACCAGACAAGGAGAGGACCUCAUCAUGAACAUGGAGCUACAGUUGGUAGAGUCAUUAUGUGGCUUUCAGAAACCUGUUAAAACACUGGACAACAGAACUCUACUCAUCACAUCCCAUCCAGGAGAGUUGAUCAGACCUGGAGAUAAGAGAUGUGUCCUGAAUGAGGGGAUGCCAAUGCACCGUCGACCAUUUGAGAAAGGGAAACUCGUCAUCCUUUUCAGUGUUGUUUUCCCUGAAGAGAACUUCCUCCCAUUAAACAAACUAAAGGAAUUAGAAAGGUACUUGCCUGAAAAACAGGCAAAUAUUGAGCCUGAGGGCAUGGAUGAUGACCUCUAUAUAUACGCUGACCUUGAAGACUGUGAUCUGUCCCGUGAACGCCACAAUUACCACUAUAUAGAGGAGGAGGACUUCUACCCAUCUGGAGGUGUGCAGUGCCAAACCUCGUAGAGAUUCCUGUUCCCUUACAUUCCCUUUCACAACAAAUGCCACCUCUGCUGGAACACAAGGAAAAGGACCAAGAGGAAAAGAGUUAUUUACCUCUCAACUAGUUCUGUGCCUGGAAUAAGACCUCUUAGUGCCGACCUCUUGUGUCAUUGUUUGGAAGAAACUCCUCAUCCAAAAUUUUGAGCAAAUCAUUUGGGAAAUAAACUUAGGGGAGAGUUGUGAGACUGGUGCCAUAGAGUUUCAGUUGAAGGGAGAGUCUAUGGAAAUGUGUGUAGAAGUUACAGUGGAAAUGGAACAACAUUCAGGUCAAGUUGGUUGUGCCAUAAUAGCAGAAAAUUUCAUCUUUAAAAUGUCAUUUACUUUGAAAACCACAUUUACAUCCUCCGUUUGAAAAAACAAAAAAAACAUUACAAUCUUUGUUUUGUUUAUUGCCAAUUAAUUGUGGGUUACAUGUAAGACUGUUUGAUCUUGAUGUUGUUGGAAAUUUGCCGUGUGCCAGUUUACUGCUUAAUGUUCUAGAACAUUUUAAACUAAUAAGAGGGUUAAUAAUUAAGUUUUAAAUACAUUUGAAAUGGUGGUAUUUCUAAAGGAGAAGAAAAUCUUGUUCAUAAUGAUGGCAGACUGUGAUCCAUUACUUAAAAGCUUUAUUUUGUAGAGAGUGAUAUUAGUUUGCUUGAUAUUAUUUAUAGCCCAGUACCUGGUGAAAUAACAUUUCAUGAUAUUGUGCUUACAUUGUCAUCAUAACUAAGAAAUAAUAGCCAAGGAUUUGAACUGAACUAAAUCAUGUUGUAUUUGUUUGCAAUUAGGGAAACAUUAAAAUCCUUUUUGGAAGGAAUUUAUUUAAUCUAAAUAACCAAAAAAAUAAUAAAAAAAUGAGCCGGAUGUACAUAGCUCUACAUAAAACCAGUCUUAAGAAAACUGAAGCUUUUUCAAAUUCAAUUUUAACUCAAGAGAUUUUUGGAUAUUGCAAAUGCACCUUUAUCCCUUUUGUUAUUAGUAAUAUUUUAAUUUUUUCUAUCAGAUAAAUCUUUAUUCGAUUACUUUAUUAUCUGUGUUGACUGAAGAUUAAUUGAAAAAUUGUGAAUUUUAAUUAUGACCAAUAACUGCCAUUCUGCCAUUUGUAGUUCUAUUUAUAAAAUAAAUGUCACAAUGUUAAUCAUUCA